AUGGUUGCUUCUGUCUGGAGUCACUCGAGCGUUAUCUUCGUCUGCGCUACGCUCAUCUUUUCGCGAGCCACCUCUACGCCGCUUCAACACCCCAAACGCCAGGAUGCCGGCAAUUACGAUUUUAUCAUCGUCGGCGGCGGUACAGCAGGUCUAGCUCUAGCCACACGACUAUCAGAAAAUGGGACACACUCUGUGCUUGUUCUCGAAGCAGGCGGAAAACCAAGCACGGUCGCUCCCUAUCAGACACCUGGUGCCGACCUCCAAGUCCUGGGCUCUCCAAUUGACUGGGCAUAUGGCACACUCCCGCAGGCGGGCCUGAACGGCCGCCAGCUCACCUACAACCAAGGACGGUGCCUUGGUGGCAGUUCUGCAAUCAAUGGACUUGCCUAUGGGAGAGGUUCGUCCAGUAUCUACGAUUUGUGGGCUUCACUAGGGAACAGCGGAUGGAGUUGGGAAGAGGUUUUUCCUUACUUCAAGAAGUCUACAACAGCCAAUGAACCUUCAGCAAUGAACAUCACUGCACAAGGGUACGAUGCUUCACUAUAUGCAGGCGGUCCAGUUCAGCUCACCUACCCGCCAUAUGUUUAUUCGCAUCCCGGAAGUGAAGCGUUUGUUGAGUCACUCUCUGCGAUAGGACUGUCCAAGGUUGAGGACUUGAACAAUGGAAACAACGUUGGUACAAAGCAAGAACAGUUUACCAUGGAUACAAAAUAUCGCCGAAGCUCUAGCUACGAUAGCUACUACAUGCAAGCACGAGACAGGCCCAACCUUAAAGUUCUCGAAUUAUCUCCAGUUCAGCAGAUCAUUCUUGAGGGCACAGGCGAAGAUAUGACCGCGAGUGGAGUCGUAUACAUUGAUUACGCCAGCGGGCAGACGAUAAAUGCAACGGCUAACAAGGAAGUCAUCAUGAGCGCAGGAUCUAUCAAAACCCCACAGCUGCUCAUGUUGUCGGGCAUUGGCCCCGCUAAAACACUCGCAAAAGCCGGGAUCCAACAGAAAGUCGUCAACGAGAACGUUGGCUUGAACAUGCAGGAUCACAUAUACUUGAGCGUCAUCGCCGAAGCGGACCCCUCCAUCUCUUACUCGUCCCUCUACCACGACUACGCCAAGCUCCAACACGCGACGGAAGAGUACCAGGACGCCACCGGACCACUGACAGCACCCGUCGGCAUGUCCUGGGGCUUCGAGUCACUUUCGUCCGCCCAGCUCGCCAGCCUCAACGCCUCAGCUAUCAUAGCCCAAAACCGCUCAGACCAGGCACACAUUGAAUACCUCUACGAAACUAUCUUCUACCCAAAUCUUCCAACUCCCUACUACUCAAGCAAGGAAUACAAUACAUCCUAUGUCAGUUUCACAGCCGCAAUCAUAGCACCUACGUCCCGAGGAAGCGUCUCCGUGCUGACUAACAGCAUCGCCGACCCGCCCCAAAUCGACCCCAACUACUACGCCACCCCUGAAGAUCAGGCCCUUGCCCUGUACUCGUUCAAGAAUCUACGCAAGGUCCUCGCCCAGUAUGCCACAAACUUCAACUUCACUGUCGGUCCGAACAAUGGCGAAGUUGCGCCCGGGAUGAGUGUACAAUCUGACGAGGAUAUCAUGAAUUACAUUCGCGAGACGGCUGUGCAGGUGUGGCACGCGUCGGGUACAUGUGCGAUGCUGCCGCGUGAGGAUGGGGGUGUUGUAGAUGAGCUAUUGAAGGUGUAUGGCGUGAAGGGGCUGCGAAUCGUUGACGCUAGCGUAUUUCCAGUCAUUCCCGACGCGCAUACAGUAGGCCCGACGUAUAUGGUUGCCGAGAAGGCGGCUGCGAUGAUCAAGGCUGAGUAUGGCGCUUGA